GGGCGUUCUGUUCUCUUUGUCACUGACAAUAUUAUCGUCUUACCCUCGUAUCUUGGCUUAACGAGAGCGUCGCGGCGCCUUCCUGGCGCCGUCCGUCUCCAAAUGCAGCAUCCCCGAUUUGCUUCUCCAGUUUAACGUCUAGCAUCCGCCAAAAUGAGAAACUUAUCGAUAUUGCUUCAAUUUCGAUAAAUGGGGUGAUUUGUGAAUAAUUAGAGGAUAAUAUUUGUGGCACUAUGGAAGGAGAUAGUAGAAGGAUACGAUUUUUUUGGUUCCUGGUUAUGUUUUUCAAUUUCGUAUUCGCUGUUUCUGGUGUGUUGCUAUGCACAAUAAAAUUGAGACUAAGCGAGGAAGAGGACGUCAGAGUGGGGUUUUUCAAAAUGUCCAUGGUUUUUGCUUCUUGCAAUUUGAUACUUAGCGUGUUUCUCCUCGUUUCUAUACUACGGCGAGAUGAAAGGUAUGCCUUUCUGUACGCAAUACUGAUUUUCUUGAGUCUUUUCGCUGCUACCAUCCAUAUAGAAAGUCAUACUAGGCACGACUUCACCAUGCUUGUAAUAUUUGCAGUAUUCGCACUUCUAGUAAUAGUAUGGUUCGCAAUUUAUGGGAUAUAUCAAUACCGAUAUGCAAACAGUUCAAAAGCUGCAACUCCAGUCUAGCACUUAGAAAAAAGAAAACAUUAAAAUUAUACUAAUUGUGAUAUACUCGUAUAAUCUACGUUCUUUGUAUUUUGACGUAAUAUAGAC